AAAGCGAUCAUGGGUUCUUCUUCUAGAAAUCUCUAUGCAAGAAUUGGAGAAGGUCAAUCAACUUCUAGGCCACCACUCUUUGAUGGUACCAAUUAUUCCUAUUGGAAGGAACGGAUGAGAAUCUAUAUUCGUUCCACCAACUUCCAAUUAUGGUUGGUCAUCAAAAAACGGAGAGGAAAUCCCAAUGAAGAAAGUAGGAGAAACCACGGUUCCAAAAACCGAGGACGAGUUUGAUGCCGAGGACAUCAAGAAGAUUGAGAAUUAUGCAAAGGCCAUCAAUAUGCUAUAUUGUGCGGUCAACCCCGAUGACUACCGAAAGAUCUCCUGUUGUACGUACGAAGGUACCGAUCAAGUGCGUGAAGCCAAGAUCGAUUUUCUCACCCAAGAGUAUGAAAUGUUUCGAAUGAAGGAAGGUGAGAAAAUCGACGACAUGUUUGAUUGUUUCUCAAAAAUCAUAAACGAUCUUCAUGCUCUUAAGAAGACGUAUACCAACAAGGAUCUCAAAAAGGGGAUAGCUCUCAAAGCCACCAAGGAACCGGUGGAAGAGGUCUCAAGCGAUGAUGACAACGAAUUUGGACUCGUCAUCAAGAAGUUCCACAAGUUCAUGAAGAAGGGAUUUGAGCGGAAGGGAAGGAAGCACGACGGUCCUCCCAAGUGCUACGGCUGUGGCGAGAUUGGCCACAUCAAGCCAAGGUGUCCAAAAGCCAAACACGGCAAGGACAAGCCCAGCUUCAAGAAGCAAAGGGCUUACAUCUCUUGGGGUGGCGAUUCCGGCGACGAAUCAACUGACCAAGAGGAGGACGAAGCUGCAAAUCUUUGCCUCAUGGCGCACGAAGAUCAAAACGACGACAUCCAAGAGAGCUUGUUGUUGAGCAUUCCCUUGAGGCCAUACAACACACUUCCCCCUUUCCUUCCUUUCCAUAUCCUUUACUUUCUUUCCCUUACUAUCAUCAUGUCAAACACUUCCAACAACCUGUCCAACGAAGAACUCCUAGCCUCCAAUGCUGCUCUCAAGGCCCAAGUUGACUACUUGGCCAAGCAUGUUGCCCAACUCACUAAGCUCAAGAUGAGCAUGGUAAAUACCCCGGAGGAAAGUGAAGAAGACGAAGAAGUUCACCCCGAAGCUAACUCUAGUAACACCACUAGAGAGGAGAAUCAUGAACGAGGAGCUACCGAUUUCAAGGUUGACAUACCAACCUUUGAAGGGAAAAACGAUCCGGAUGACUUUCUAGAGUGGCUGGAAACUGUUGAGCGCGUCUUUGACUUCAAAGAUGUGCCCGAAGAAAAAAGGGUCAAGAUCGUGGCAUUGAAGUUUCGGAAGUAUGCCUCCACUUGGUGGUCCAACCUAUCCACCAAAAGAAGGCGAGAGAAUAAGGCCCCUGUGAAGACUUGGCUCAAGAUGAGGAGCUUGUUGAAGAAGAAGUUCCUGCCCGAACAAUAUGUACGGGACAACUUUUCCAAACUUCAACAUCUAAGGCAAGGUCCCCGCUCAGUUGAAGACUAUACUCGGGAGUUUGAAGAACUUUUGAUGAGAUGUGAUCUUCACGAAAACGAUUCACAAACAUUGGAACUCUACAAGGAUGAUGAAGAUUUCAAGGAGAUGUAUGCCCAAUGCUUAUCUCGGCCCCAUGGAGAUUACCUAAUCAAAGAUGGUUACCUCUUUCGUGAUAAUACUCGCUUGGCGAGAAAGGCUAUUUGUGAUGAUCUUGCAUAUUCACUCGAAAGAUUACACGUUGAAGACAAUGAAGAAGACACGCCAUUAUACACCAACCCGCAACCACAACCUGAGGAAACACCUCAAGUGAUGGUCGAAAAUGAGGACCAAGCGGACGAAGAAGAACAAGAGGAAGCCCAGGAACAAGAGGAAACCAAGCUUCCCAUCGCUUGGAGAACGCACAAGAACCAUCCACUUGACCAGGUAAUCGGCAGCAUCAACCGCGGGGUAAGUACUCAAUUCUCCACUAUGGGCAGAGACAAUAGCAGGGCUGCCACCUCCGGGAAAUCAAAGUCCAAAUCCCCUGCGCCUGCGACGUCCUCCGAGGAAUGCCUCUACUAUGGCGAUGGGUCGUACCUCUGGUUCGAUUCCGAGGAGGAGCGCACCCGCUUUUUCACCUUCUUCUCUAAACGGGUUAUGGCUCCCCCACGAAUCGUCCCGGAGCGCUUCCCAGAGUUGCAGGGCUACGACGACUUAGACGCGCAGCUUCAUCAAGCCGGCCUUUGGCCGUUCGUCUCCCGGGCUCGAAAGGAGAUCAACCCGGCACUGAUCCGGGCCUUCUACUCCAACCUCCGGCGUGAGGACGACGUCAUCUACAGCCUCGUCAAGUCCACGCCGAUUGAGCUUACCGUGGAGCAGCUUGGGCGCAUCGCCGGCCUCCCCUUCCAAGGCGACAACGUCUCUCACUAUGGCGGAGAGGACUGGGUGCUCAACAACGAGGGCCUUAUCCUUAACGAGCUUGGCAUCACCGAGCUCAUCCGCCAUGCCUCGGGCCGCCCCACCAUCCACUCCGCAAACCCCGAAGGCCGUCUCAUCCUCUACAUCGUGUCCCGGAUCAUCAAACCCCGGAAGCAUGGCCACACAAUCAUGUCCGGUGAGGACCUCAAGCUCAUCCAGGCGAUCAUGCACUCGGCCCCAAUCAAUUGGGCGAAGUUUGUCAUGAUCAACAUGACGAUCGCAGCGGCCACCGACCACGAUCACCUCCUCCCGUACCCGUUCGUGGUGAUGGACAUCCUUGAACGGUUCAAGGUAACCACCACCGUUGGCCCGCUCACGAAGGCCACGAAGCUUUGGAGAAUCAGCAACCAAACCUUCACCAAGCGGUCGGACAACGCCGCGACUGCCACUGCCGCACCACGCCGCACUGCCCCUGCAGCUGGGCCAGCCGAACCCCAGGCCCGGGCCAACCUUGCCUCCAUCGCUGACUCCCUCAACCCGCUCCACUUCAAAGUUGACGGGAUGGAGGGCUACCUUGAAUGGCUCGACGUGGCUGUUCAACGCCAAGGGCACGCCAUGAACGCGUAAUUCUAAGGCAUCAACUACGUCCCUCCACCUUUCCACGGCACAUUCCUCGGGGAAGUGUACGGUGAUGAGGACGAAGAGGAUGGCUCCUACUCCCAGU